UCUGAUUGAAAUGACAUCUAACUAAAUAGGUAAUUUAAUAAGAGUUAACGGCAAUUUGGAAACUCCAUAAAAUAGUUCAAUAGCAACGGAGUAGUUAGAAAAUAUCUCAUCAAAAUUUGACUUUAAAACAAGUUUAAGUUUUUAUCGGAUGUACAAUAUUUGUGUUAAAAUGGAAAUUAAGAUAUAUAAAAUCAUAUGAUCUUUUAAAAAAAGGAAUCUAAUUAUUUUGCAACAUGACUUUUGAUUUUGUACUGCAGAAUAAUUCAGUGUUAUAAUGUUUUAGUGAUUGAAAUAUUUGGAAUACUGGUGGGUGUUUUGACUGACAUAUAUUAAGAAUAUAUUAUAGAGAACAUGACACCUUUUUAAUUAAUUUUAUCAUAAUAUUGAAAAGAACAGCGUUUACUGUGCGAGACAGUUUUGAAGAGCUUACAAAAUGUUUUCCGUGCGACUAUCUGCACGGUUACCGUCAAGACCGAGUACUGCUGGCAACGUAGACCGAAAUUCUAGCCGUAAUGCAAGAAGGUCGACUGGGAGAAAUUAUCAUGUUUACUGUACUGACCGGAAACAGUAUGAUGGCUCCAGGGCACUCACCCCUAGCAUACAAGACAUUGAACGCGAGAAAUAUAGCUUUAAGCCGAGUAUUAGGCCUUUGUCGGCCCCACAGACUUCGCUGUCGAGGAGGAGGGUUGCUUCAAUGUCCGCCAAAGUGAGGGGGACCAGAGGUCAAGUAAAGAUACAUUCAAAUGGCAAAGAGGAUAUGUUUGGAGUAGUACGAGCAGCCAAGGAGGCCAAGACGUUUGAAGAAGAUUCGAAAUAUUAUCACCAAAUCGAACAAUCAUUCAAAGAACCAGAGAACGACGAUGAAAAGAAAGACGCCGCACCAGUUUUUAACAAACGUCUCUUUGCGUCGCAAGGAGCCGUCAUUAUUACCCAAGAAGCGCGACGGUUAAUGGCAAUUAACGCGUUAGCCAAUGAAAAAUGCGAUCUGGAUUCACUACUGAGUAAAACGGAAGUGCAAUGCUUAAGAUGCGUUGUGGAUGGUCUCAAACUUAUACACAAGGGACAAGACUUUGUUAAAGAUGUUCUUAGUAAGGUGGUUUCAUACGAGGUCUAUGAAGCCUUUAACUAUGUACCAACCAAAUCUUGGGAGGAUUAUUUAGCAUGCUAUUACAUUCUCAACGGUGCAGUUGAAGUGACGUAUGAUUUAAGAUCUACUGAGUCUAGAAAUGUAUUUCAAGCGAAUAUAAUAUACAGUCAUGGUACUGGAGAAUAUCUGGGACUUGUCAGCGCCGAGGGGCCGACAGAGGAUCUCGCGCCGCCGGCAACCAUUUACACAAAAGAGCUCACACAGUUUAUACGCGUUGAUAGGCAGCGAUUUCACCAACUGAUGAAAAAAGCAACAAGAUUUAUUGACAAAAGGAAACGAGAUUAUAUUUCUAGUCACAGUUUUCUGGCAAAGAUCUCGGAAGAAAUUAAAGAAAAGAUUCUACACAAACUAGCCAUUCAGGAAUAUCCUGCAAAUCGGGUGUUGCUGUCUCAAGGGGAAGUAACUGAGUACCUGUUUAUCAUAAUGUCCGGUCGGUGCCAGACAUACCGGGAAGUUCAUAUACCGGAAGCCGAGAAAGAAGUGCUUUUCUACCUUACCAGUAGAGAUCCAGAUGAUUUCUUUGGCGAAGAAUGUGUUCUCGAUAAUGCACCAAGCAUAUGUACAAUAGUGACAGCAACAGCAACAACCAUUAUUAAACUCCAUCGCUCUGCGUUGAAAAUGGUAAACAGGGACAAACUGUCACGUUUCAUCGAUGAACAGCGCCAUGACAUCCCGAGUGACGAGAAUUUGCGAGAUCGCGGAUAUCGCGAUUCUUUAUGGAAUAAAUAUAAACAUACUCAAAUAAAAGGAUCUCUCAAAGAAGGCGGGAAAUUGCAAUAUCUGACCCGAGCUAACAGUGCCUUAGUGCGAGAACGUCCUCUAGAAGAAAGCGAACUGUAUACAGAAAAUAUGCGACGCUUUGUUAUGAAAGGAAGUCAAUUUGACCCAAUGCGUGCGCAGUCUGCAAACACAACCGGAAGUCACAAGCACCAACGACAAAAAAGAAGGCCACAUACGGCAUUCGCAAGUCUUGUGAUGGAAACGCUCGAGUCGUCCAGCGAGGAUGACAGCGAGAAGGAAAACGAGUUCCAAGACGAGGAUACGAGAGGACUUAAUCAAGAUAGAGGACAGUCCUCACUUCUCACUGUAGAAAAAGCAAAAGAGAUGGAACAUCAUAUAACAAAGGCGAUGGAGUCCAAAGAAAGUUUACUGAAAGUACUGGACGAACCCGGAGAGGUCAGUUCACAUUUAAGACAGGCGUGGAAAGCUGAGGGUGGACAAGAAACGCAAAACUUCAUGAAAAAUGGCGUGUUAGUAACAAUGACGUCAGAGGAUAUUGUCCGGAAGGCAAAGGCGCUUGCAGAUACGUAUGCUGAUAAAUGGAAACAAGGGACCAAUGAAAAUGAAGAGGACUGGGACACUAUCCUACACGCGGAAAACAAACAAGCCAAAAUGCUUAUCACCGCUAAUAAAUUAAGAAUCAAAGACAUAAAGCGCCGACUAGCGGACUUACAAAAACGGCGGGAAAGAGUGAGACAACAAAACAAACCCCGCCGAGCGGACUAUUUCUCAGACGAUGACGAUGAUGAAGAAAUUGAUGAAGAAAACGUCCUCAAGGAAAUUCGGAAAGAAAGGAAGCAAAAACUGAUAUUGUUGAACAAAAUAACAUUGAAAUGAUAGAUAACGCAAUUGAUAAAUCGGGGAGUGAUGUCGGAGAGAAAGAAACGGAAUUGACUGCUGGAGACAUGACUGUGGCACGAGGAAUCGCUGGUUCACCUGUAUCAGUCUAGGUCAAUGUAUAUCGUAGUGGAUACGGUGACUUAUGUGCAAUUUUAUGCAAAUGAUAUUGCGUUAUGUAUACAUAUACAGUUUUACAAUUUUAGGUUAAAAACUGAUUUACUUUAGUCCAGCAGCAAUUUUAAUGUGAAAUCUGAACAUGACCUCAUAUAGGACGAGUUUGCAAAAUCAUGAAAAUAAACAUUCACCAUUCUUAAGAAAUCUAAUGUAUUUCAACAAUGAUAUUGUUAUUUUCAGCACUUAA